AUGCACCUCCAGCCAGAAGACGACGACAACAAGGCCAACCACUCGUCCAACGGCGCCUCGGAUAAGCACUCGACGGCCAUCUCGACGACCAACGACUUCUACGGCCACAACCGACAGGAGGUGACGCGCAUCAUCAUCCAGAGCCUCUCGGACCUAGGCUACCAAUCCACCGCCCAGAAACUGAGCCAGGAGAGUGGCUACGAACUCGAGGUCCCCAACGUAGCCGCCUUCCGCACUGCCGUCCAGAAUGGCCACUGGUCCGAGGCUGAAGCCUUGUUGUUCGGCGAUGCUACCCGCGAAGGCCUGCCGCUGUGUGAAGGCGCAAAGAGAGACGACAUGGUCUUCCUGAUACGCCAGCAGAAAUACCUCGAGCUGCUAGAGCUACGCCAUUUGUCUAAGGCUCUGAUGGUUCUUCGUCAAGAGUUGACCCCGCUGCAUCAAGAUGUUGCCCGUCUACACGCUCUAUCCAGCCUGAUCAUGUGUCGCCGAGCUGAAGACCUGAGGCAACAAGCUCACUGGGAUGGCGCCAACGGUACUUCAAGGCGGGACCUAUUGUCUGAGCUGUCCAGUAUGUUCCCGACACUCUGCCCCUACACAUACCAAACUGACCACGAGUUCAGANNAUCAAUAUCGCCGUCCGUCAUGAUCCCUGAACACCGUCUCGCCGUCCUCUUAGACCACGUCCAGCAGCAGCACAUCGACCAGUGUCUAUAUCAUAAUACCACCCAGCCUCCCUCGCUGCUGCACGACCACGUUUGCGAACGCGACCAGUUCCCUCUACACAUCUUCCACGAGUUGCAACACCACGGAGACGAAGUUUGGCACCUCGAAUUCUCACACGACGGCUCAAUGCUGGCUACCGCUUCCAAAGAUAACACUGUCAUCAUCUACGACACCACCUCAUGGAUGCCCAUCUGCCGCCUGAACCAGCAAAAGCCUCAUAAUGAGUGCGGUGUCUGCUACGUUGCUUGGAGUCCUGACGACACAUACAUCCUCGCCUGCUCACAAGCAAGAGAGCUCGCCAUCUACCAAGCCCGCACAGGCACUCGCGUUGGUGGUGUCGACCAUUUCCAUUACCCCGUCACAACCGCUGCCUGGGCUCCUGACGGUCAAAGCUUCAUCGUUGGCUCUCAAGAUUCUAGAAGACCUCUUAGCCUCUACCAGCUGUCAGACCAGUCAAUACUGCAUUCUUGGGUUAGUAACGAUGCCCAAAGUCUUCGUGUGAAUGACUGUACCAUCUCAGCCGACGGCUCUCGCCUUGUCGCUAUAAGCAACGACAACCGCGUCAUCGUCUACGACUUCAAGACGCGCCUAAAACUGCACGAAUGGGUCAUGGAAGACAGGCUCACCUGUGUCACCCUAAGCCAUGACGGCAAAUCGCUUCUCGUUAGCAUGAACGAAGGUCGUCUGGUGCUCCUUGAUUCCGACACUGGCGAGGUCUUACAGCGUUACAAUGGUCUGACUCAAAGUGAAUUUGUCAUAAGAAGUACCUUUGGUGGUGCUGGUGAGAAUUUUGUCAUUAGUGGCAGCGAAGGUAACACAAAGUGUCAAAUUCAACAUGCUUCAAGUUUGCUGACUGAUUGCUANGAUUCACGAGUCUAUAUCUGGCGGAAGCACACUGGACAACUCGUUGUCGCACUCGAAGCACAUCCUCCUGGUACUGUAAAUUCAGUUGCCUGGCAUCCCACCAAUCCAGCCAUAUUCGCUUCUGCUGGCGAUGACAGAAGAGUCAGAAUGUAA